GCCAAAUAGUUGGCUAAUGAAAAAACUAAACAGAACGUUGAUAAUUUUAGGUUAAUUUAUAUCAAUGUUUACGUGAACAAAUUAAUAUUUAUUUUUCAUUAAUCUACAUGUGAAUUUAUUGUGGCUAAUAGUCCAGAUACCUGCAAUUGAUUGUUUUUCAGCUGUUUUGAUUAUUAUGUCUAAUAGUACCUAUUAUAUACAUUUUCUUAUCGUCAUACUCUCUACUAGUGUAAUAUCAUUUGUAGAUUGUUUUGACAGUGAGUAUGAUGGGCCGGUGAGUAUAACACUGUACCACUCCACCACUGCUGACCCAGAGCCCAAGUGGACAGAGAGGGGACUCAUCACCAUCCAGAAUGUGGUCACUGGAGACAUGUCUGUUAGCCAGAAACCAGUCAUCGCUUCUGUAGCCUCCGAGUUGCAGUCGCUUUCGAAGAAGGAUGGGAUCUACAGAAUAAAAUCUGUUGUAAGAACUAAAACUGGGAAAGAGAUAUCAUUUCUCUCGUUUGUUAAAGCUUGCCUCCUAGUGGAAUCGUAUUUGUCAGACUCUGUGACGGUGAGUGUAGACUACGCAGGCACAGUGAUAGCUGUUACUCUCUCCCCAACCAUCUCAGUCUGUGAGGGCCAUCCAGUCAACACUGCUGACCUACGCAACUUCAACACAGUCCUUCAGUUCCGACACAUGGAGCAGGGACCGAUGCCUGACACAGCCGCAUACAUCCAGAAACUGGAGAGGGAACGAGAAGCAAGAGAACGAGGAGAUGUCAAAGACAAUCGCUCAUUUCUGGCAAAAUAUUGGAUAUACAUUGUGCCAGUGGUGAUAUUCGCAGUACUAUCUGGAGCCAGUACUCCAGAGGCAGGAGGGGGCCGAUAGCCACAGUCACAACAUUACUGCUCUAGUCAGGUCAUCCGAAUAUACUUUUGCACUGUUUUAAGUGGAUUUAUGUAAGACUUUCAAUGUAAGUUACUUGUUAUUAAAAUGUAAUGUAUCAAA